ACAUCUUCACCAUCAUCUCCUACAUCUACACUGUCAUCUCAUACAUCUACUCCUUCAUCUUCUACAUUCACAUCAUCAUCUUCUACAUCUACAUUAUCAUCUCCUACAUUUGCAUCCCCACCUACAUCUCCACCAUCAUCACCUACAUCCACACCAUCAUCCCCUACAUCCACACCACCAUCACCUACAACUGCAUCAUCAUCCCCAACAUCUAAACCAUCAUCUCCAACAUCUCCAUCACCACCAUCUACACCAUCGUCUUCUUCUACAUCACUCCUUUCAACCUCACUUUCUUCUACGUUACCUUCAUCUUUUUCCACAUCAUCAUUACAUUCCACAUCAUCUUCUUUUACACCAUCAUCUAUUGCGUCAUCGUCAACUUCUUCUACACUUUUGCCAUUUGUUUCCACGUCAUCGUUUCUUUCUUCCACACCUCCAUCAUCUUCUUCCAUUUCACAUUUACGUCCACCCACAUCAACACAACCUUCUUCUCCGUCACCCUCAGCUUCAUCUACACCACAUUCUUCCACAUUAACUUCUACAACUUCCCCGUCAUUUUCAUCAUCAUCAUCAUCAUCAUCAUCAUCAUCAUCAUCAUCAUCUUCCACGUCACUGUUACCUUCCUCCACUUCAACAUCUUUCAUAUCAAGAACUCCGACAUCACCGUCAAUUUCUUCCCCAUCAUCUGCUUCUACGUCUCUGCCCCCUUCUUCUACGACUUCAUCAGUUUCUUCAUCUCCUACAUUCCCAUCACCUUCUUCCGCAUCACAGUCUCCCACAUCACCUUCUUCCACACCACUGUCACCUCCCAUACCAUCGUCUUCUUCAUCUAUAUCAUCUUCAGUUUCUUUCACACAUGCAUUACCUUCUCCUGUAUCACCCUAUUCCAAACAUCCUUCUUCCGCACCACAUUUUUCUACAUUACCUUCUUCAACAUUACCUUCUUCAACAUCUCCUUCUUCUUCACCACCUCCUUCCACAUCGUCAACGUUUUCUGCAUCACCCUCUUUUGCACCACUCUUUACAACACCUUCUACUUUUGCAUCACCUCCUUCGACAUCUUCUUCACUUCCAUUCACAUCACCGUCUCAUACGAUUACCUCAACUAUUUCUGUUUUUACGUCUCAGCCACCUGUCACGACCUCCUCGUCAACUCCUUCGUCAUCUCUGCCACCCAUUUCCUCUUCACCCCAAUUUUCAUCUUCCUCAUCAUCAACAACACAAAGUCCUGGUUACAAUAGCCCUAAAAUUCUUCUAAGCUCAAGUGUACCUUCAACUACAACAGUUGGUGGCCAAAGGACAACUUCCACAAUACCAACCGAUCUGACAGUUUCAGCUUCUCCAACUAGACUAAGUCUUUCAUCUGAUGUUACAACAUCCACGUUUCCAACCGGCCAAAGUCUUUCUUCCGAUGACACAGUAUCUACUUCCCCACCUGGUCAAACUCUGUCGUCUCAACCUACAACGUCUGCAAUGUUUUCCACUAGUCAAAGCGGUUCUGUUGUUACUACAUCAAGCUACCCACCAAGUCAAAGUCUUUCUUCUGAUAUUACCACAUCUGCCUUGCCGACUGGUCACAGUCUUUCUUCGGGUGGUACAUCAUCCAAGCUUUCAAUAAGCCUUUCCGAUAUUACAGCGUCAACAUCAUCUUCUGAUACCACAGCACUUACUCUUUCAACUGGUCAAGGUCUUUCUUCUGAUGUUACUAGAACUACGUUUCCUGGCAGUAAAAGUCUUACUUCUGAUCAAACAGCAUCCCUCGCUUCUUCUGUUCAUAGUCUUUCUUCUGGCAGGACAUCAUCUACCCCACUAUCUACUGGAAACCCCUCGUCUGAUCCCACAGUUCACACUGUCUCAACAAGCCAAACUUCUUCUUCUAUUCUCACCACAUCCCCGGUUUCGACCAUUCAAACAAGGCAUACAACAGCCACGCAAUCCAUACAAACGUCUUUCUUCACCACAAGUUCAACACCACGGUCAUCGUCUGGCGCGAGUGUGUCAGAUAACACUUCUAUCUCUAAGGUAUCUCACAGUCCUGGCACUACAACACAAAAUUCAGACACUAACCCAGACACUACAAGAAUACAAAACCCAGACACUACUAGAACAUCACAAAACCAAUAUAAUUCCAGGACAUCACAGUACCCACUAAAUUCUAGGUCGUCUCAAAAUCCAACGAAUACAAGGACAACACAACGUCCCCGGACAUCAGAAAACCCUACUAACGCAAGGACAUCGGGGAUUGUUACUAACAUUAGAACUUCAGAAGCCCUUACUAACACCGGGACAUCAGAAAGUCCAGUUGAUGUUAGAACAUUAGAAACUCUAUUUAAUACUAGGACAUCGGACAAUUCAUUAAAUACGAAGACAACGGAAAGCGUCCCCCAACCCGUAACGGCUACCAGUUCAAGCGAGGCAACUACAACACUGCAAGGGGCGACGGUACUAGAAACUACACAUCAAGGGUUGGCUACUUUCUCCCCGCCCACUUCUCCGCCCACCCAGUCCCCGGUGACAGGAACGCCGUCUCAACCCCCCGUGAUACCGGGACUCACAAACAGCAAUGCCCUUGGUGUUCGCAAACAGUAUCCUGUUUGCAUAAUCCAAGUCAACGGAUGUAAUGGUAAAAAGAAAAACGUUUCACCAGGUGUGAACAUUGCUUCACGUUUUUCAUUCAGUGAUACCAUGCUGGACUUGAGAGGGGAUGACCUAGUGUGA